AUGGGCCAGAGCUGUUCCCUCGUACAGCGUCACUGUCGCCAAGAGUGCCACUCUGACAAAAACUGCUACAUAGACCAGAACGAGAUGAAGUUUGGUCCGGCCUCUCCUGAUCAUGGGCGUGACGGCAAUCGCACAAUUCCAAAGUCAUCCAGGUCAACUGCUGCUACGUCUUCGUGCAGCCUGUGGCCAGGAAAGCGAUUAUCUCCCGAGUCGGUCACUUGGACCGAUGGCCUCGGCAGACGAGUAGUUCCGGGCCGCUGGCAAUUGACCCCGAAGGCAUCCUCUUUCGCUGGCGGAGCGCUUCCUCCGACUCCGCUACAGGCGCUGCACAAGCGACCUUUCUGA